AUUAGAGGGAAAAAUAUUCAUGGCGCCGUAUCCCCUCCGGCUAAGGUGACGUAAGGGUAGCAAGGUGGAGGAAAGUUGAGAAAAGUUGUCAUAAUUAAGGCUCCUGUGACUCCAUUAUCCUUCUGAGCGUCUUUCCGGGUCCAAAGGUUAUUCAGUUCCUAGCACCCUUAUCCUUGCCCCACGGCCUGCUGCAUCACUGGCACCACACACCCUGCAUCCUUCACACUUCACAGCCUACAGGACAUCAUAGCCUAAAGAAUACCCCUCCUCCCUGCCACACACCACACAGCCCGCAGCUCUUCACUCACAGCGCCAACAACAACAAUGAGGCGUGCACAGAAUGCAGCCCACGGAGUCCCUGGCGCAGGGCCGUACAAACAGAACACCGACACACAGUACCUGGCCGAGGAGAACGAGCACCUCACCUCAGAGCUCAAGAGUAAGGUCAAGGAACUCAAGACGGUGAGCAUUGAGAUCGGGAAUGAAGUGCGUCGGCAGAACACCAUGCUGGGGGAAAUGGAUGACGAGUUCUUCAAGUCCGGUAACUUUCUGGAGCGGAGCAUGAAGCGUCUGGGCAUCAUUAGCAAGGGCUCCCAACACUGCCACCUCCCCAUCCUCUUCGCCUUCUGCUUCAUCGUCUUCUUCCUCCUCUGGGUCGCCCUCAAGUUUAGGUGAUGGAAGGGGCGGGUUUUUGUGUACUACCUAUUUGUGUAGCUCCUGAAAAUCUCUCCUCCCAUUCAUCUUGCAAGUUUGAAGGCUGUAUGGCAGUGUUGGGUGUUGGAAGGUCAUUGUGCCAAUAAUUUAUACCCAAACAAAUAUUUAUACGCUUCAUGUACUCCCUUAAAGACCAAUGGUUAGGUCCUGCUAUUCUAUUAUGUUAUUAUUGUUCUCCAUGUCUAGAUUGCCUUCAAGUGUAAGGGGUUGGUUGGGGACUUCUUUGUGCUAAUUUUAUUACUGCAACUUGUAUUUAUGUUCCUUCUCUCCUUCCUUGUUUCUAGAGUUCACAAUAGUCUAGCAAGGGUGCAUCCUGGAUAGAUUUCAGAGGGAGUAUAAUGGCUCACUUGUUUUUGUCACCUUUGAGAUUUAUUUGCGAGAGAAUUUCAAUGGUAUUUUAAUCUCUUGUGGCCUCCAUCCCUCUCCUUCUUGACAGGAACUGCUUUUUACUGAUAUAGCUAUGUUUUCUUUUCCCAUUACCUAUACCCACGUCUUGUAUUCAAUGACAGUAACAUAUUUAAGGUCCUACAAGUAUCAUUUGCAAUCUAAUUUCAAUGUGCAUUGUGUGCUGUCAAUGAACUGUAUUGUACAGAAUGAUUUUAGCUCAGAUUUUAGUGUGGCUUCUUUAUUAUUAUACAUCAAAGAAAUGUGUUAUUGAAUGUUAAGGCUCAUGAUUGUGUGUUUUAAGUGUGUGUGCAGGGCAGGAUGCUUGAGGGUGCUGAGGUACAUUUCUGGUUAGGAAAAAAAUACUGGUAGUUGAAUGCACCUCCUGUCACUCGGUGUAUUCACGGGCCAGUCGUGUGAUAAGUUGUGGGUGUCAAGGGGAUGGGGACAUGAUUGUUGUCAUUGUGUACCUGUGCAGAGUUAGUCAUUCACAGCAUCCUGUUUCCCUAUCAUUGUAAUGUGUUUCCUAAUUUGUUUAACUCAUGUAGCUAAGAGUCAAGUUUUAAUAUAACAGUAACAUUCAUGUCUUGCCAACACCUCGUGACAGUCUGAAUCUUAGGAAGGCAGCGUGGAGUCUGUUCAGUCGAAUUUUAGCAACAUUUAUACAAGAUUAUUUUUUAUAAAUAAAUAAAUCGUAUUAA